AUGAUGCGCCUACCAAAAGGCGUCUCCCCAGCAUCGGGACUUCCGUGCAGCCAGCACAAGAUAAAGCUCCUGGCCGGCGAGUUCUUCAGCACUGGCCUGUCCAGUCCGCCGCUGAGUACGGUACCGGCGGGCUACUUCAGUCAGAUCUGCCCCAACACCGCCGGUGUGGAACAAAGAGCCCACAGCCUCUACUCGACCCCCCACGGACCCGACCAGAAGCCCAUCAGAUCAACCACCGGACGGCUGCCGGCUAAAAGGAAGUUGGAUCUUGAAGACCCUGUGUUCCUCAACGAAUUCCGAACCCCAAAGGGCAAAGGAGGCUUAGCAAGUCCAAGAACACCCAAGUCACCAGGGGAGCGGACGAGGUACGACACUUCGCUGGGCCUGCUGACCAAGAAAUUUGUGGGCCUCAUUGCCGAGUCCCCCGAUGGCGUCCUGGAUCUGAACUGGGCCACAGAGGUGCUGGAAGUCCAAAAGAGGAGGAUAUAUGACAUUACUAAUGUCCUGGAGGGAGUCCAGCUCAUCAGGAAAAAGUCAAAGAACAACAUCCAGUGGCUGGUUGGAGAUGUGUUCGAAGGCGGCGCCAGCGGAGGACAGAAGGCCCGAGCGUUACGGAAGGAGCUUGGAGACCUGGAGCGAGCCGAGCGAUCGCUAGACGAACUCAUUCACUCCAGCAGCACACAGUUGAAACAGCUCACUGAACACAAAGACAGUGAAGAGUUGGGCUACGUAACGUACCAAGACAUACGCUCCAUCGGUACCCUCAGAGAGGAGACAGUCAUCGCUGUCAAGGCCCCUUCCGAGACUAAGCUGGAGGUCCCAGAUACGGCGGGGGGCUCAUUACAGAUCUAUCUGAAGAGUAAGAACGGUCCCAUUGAAGUGUAUCUUUGUCCAGAGGAGGGUCUCGAAGAUCCAAGUCCGGUUAAAAGUUCAGUCACACCAGAAAAGCCCACCGCGACAUCACCGAGCCGAAGCAGCGUGAAAGAAGAGCCCGUUGAAGCAAACGUGUCAACCGUGGCCGCUUCGACCUCCUCUUCCUCGUCUCUGCUGGACGUGGAGCGUCUGCUUGGUUUGCCCCCAAGCUUGCUGCAGAUGACCGAGGACCAGCUACCUGGCGCCUCCUUCCCUGCCGACACCAGUGGAGGUGGCGCCACCCCCUUCGUAAGCUUCUCCCCGCCUCUGGACCACAGCGACUACCUAUGGAGCCUAGAGGACGGCGAGGGUGUGUCCGACUUCUUCGACACGUAUGACCUUAAUGAUCUCUUGUAG